CCUGCAAGCGCCGAGGAAAAAAAACAGAGAGAUGGGGGAGGUGGCCGUGAAGGGAGAGGCGAUGAAGCAGGGAGGCGCGACCGCCAAAGGGCCGGUGGUGGUGACGGGGGCGUCGGGCUUCCUCGGCUCCUGGCUCGUCAUGAAGCUCCUCCAGGCCGGCUACACCGUCCGGGCCACCGUGCGCGACCCCACCAACGUCGCCAAGACGAAGCCGUUGCUGGAGCUUCCCGGAGCAGCGGAGCGGCUGUCCAUCUGGAAAGCCGACCUGACCGAGGAAGGCAGCUUCGACGAGGCCAUCAAGGGAUGCACCGGCGUCUUCCACGUCGCCACGCCCAUGGACUUCGAGUCCAAAGACCCAGAGAACGAGGUGAUCAAGCCGACGGUGGAAGGGAUGCUGAGCAUCAUGCGAGCCUGCAAGGAGGCCGGCACCGUGCGCCGCGUCGUCUUCACCUCCUCCGCCGGGACGGUCAACAUCGAGGAGCGCCAGAGGCCCGUCUACGACCAGAACAACUGGAGCGACGUCGACUUCUGCCGCCGCGUCAAGAUGACCGGAUGGAUGUACUUCGUGGCCAAGUCCCUGGCGGAGAAGGCGGCCAUGGCGUACGCGGCGGAGCACGGGCUGGACCUGAUCAGCAUCAUCCCGACGCUGGUGGUCGGCCCGUUCCUGAGCGUGGCCAUGCCGCCCAGCCUCGUCACCGCGCUGGCGCUCGUCACGGGGAACGAGGCCCACUACUCCAUCCUCAAGCAGGUGCAGUUCGUCCACCUCGACGACCUCUGCGACGCCGAGAUCUUCCUCUUCGAGAACCCCGACGCCGCCGGCCGCUACGUCUGCUCCUCCCACGACUCCACCAUCCACGGCCUCGCCGCCAUGCUCAGGGAGAGGUACCCCGAGUACCGCAUCCCGGAGAGGUUCCGGGAGAUCGACGACGGCGACCUCCAGCCCGUGCACUUCUCGUCCAAGAAGCUCCUCGACCACGGGUUCACGUUCAGGUACACGGUGGAGGACAUGUUCGACGCCGCCAUCCGGACGUGCCGGGAGAAGGGCCUGAUCCCGCUCGCCACGGCCGGAGGGGAUGGCUCUGCCUCAGCGCGCGAGCCCGGCGAAGCGGAUGCAGCUCUUGGGAGGGAUGGGCCGGCUGUUGGCGCUUAGACAAGCGCUGGUGCGAGACAAAUUUGCUGUCCUACGUCGAUGCUAUAUAUCCGUUCUACCUGUGAAACAUAUUGGUGCAGGAACUGGUGUUUGAAUUCAUAAUUGUCUGGGUUAUAC